AUGAUCGAGGUGCUCCGCGCACCAUCGCGCCCCCGGCUCCUCGUUGUGCCGAACGCGGCGCUCAUGCAUGAUCACCAGCGCGAGCUCGCUGCGCAGUUCGCGCGCGAGGGCCUCGUGGCGGUCGCCGACCCAGCCGUCGCUGCCCCCACAGGACGCGAGCGCCGUCGUGCGCGCCGUCGAGAGCGUGUGGGGCCGCCGGUCAUAGAGUACACACCUCCACAUGCAGGAGGCGGGCGAUCGCCCGGCGCGCCGAGCGGCCGCGACGACAUGCAUCCGGAGGGGACGAGGGGCGGCACGCCGGCCAAGUCCCUCCUACAGUCGCCGUUCCUGCUCCCGUUCCGGUCGCGCAGCCAUACGCGCAUCUCGCUCGAUGUGGCGCAGUCCGAGUCGAGUCGCGCGGGCGCUGCGCCGCCGCAGCUGGACGCGCUGAGCGAGGUGCGAUCGGCGAUCGAGACGCUCCUGCAGCCCAAGGUGUCGCCCAGCGAGCAGGUGACGCAGUGCCGCUUCAUUAUCGAUACGCUGAAGCGGAUCCCGGCGGAGCUGGCCGCGCUGAUGGACCCGAGCAUUGCCACACCACUCGUAUCGUCGCUCACCGUGCUGUGCAGCCGCGUGCUGCGCGGCACCUACGCGCACGAGGCGCAGCUGCUGACGUGCGAGAUGCUGAGCAAGACGCUCGCCUAUGCGGAGGCCGCGACGGCCCAGGCGUUUGGCGAGCAAGCGCGCGAGAUGGCCAUCGCCACGGGGACCGACGCUGUGAUGCCGUCGUGCGCGCUGAGCACACUCGAUCGCGCGCUCCUGUACCGCCUCGUCGUCAAGCUGCACGAUCCAGAUGACUGGGCCGUGCCGCGCAUCACCGAGGAGCCCCAGCGCGCCGUCGAGACGCUCUACUACCAGCUCCAGGCGCUCCAGGCGCUGACACGCGAUGGGCGCGAGAUCCUUGCGUUCCGCGGGAUCAUUGACACCCUCACGCUGUGGGCCGACUACGCCUGGGGCACCAUGAUGGCACUGCGUGCGCAGGACCUGCCGGACGUGCUGCGCAUGUGCGAGCAGAAUGCGCAUGGCCUCGUGCUGCUGCUCGUCGCCGCAUGCAAGUUCCACGCGUCGCGCCUCGAGAAGCACCACAUGGAAAAGGUGCUGCGCUGUGUCUCGUCCAUGAUACUAUCGCCGCGCCUCCCAACGCUCGGCACACGCGACACGGCGCGCGCUGCGCCGUCCCGCAGCUCGGCGCCCGCAUACUACGGCCUGGAAGCCACGAGUGCGUACCUGGGCGUACCCCAGCUCGAUCCAAUUGACCCGUCCGUGCUGGUCGGGACGCAGCCCGUCUCGGCGGACCGCACCGUUCAUGUGAGCGUCGACGACGAGCACAUGUCGCCCUUGACCGAGCAGGACGUGCAGGUGAUCGCCAAGAUGCUGCACACCGUCAUUUGCUAUUCGUUUAUUCCGACACCGUGCAUCGCGCAGGUGGUGUAUGCGCUGUGCCGCGUGAUUGGGCUGCCAGCCUCCCUAGCACCCGAGACGGACGUGGUCACGCAGCUGCGGCUACGCAGCGUGGACGUGGACCAUGAGUUUGGCACGAUGCUCCACCACCUGCUACAGAGCCAUGUCGCGUACCUGGUCGUGCGACUUGUGUACCAGAUCCUGUGCACGUCGCGCAAGGGGCCGCGCUCCGUGCGCGUCGGCGCGAUCCUGUUCCUCCAUGCGCAGCUGAUCUCGAGUAUGCAGCGCCGCAUCGAGGACGAGUCGCACGUGCCCCUGGUGAGUGAGCCCAUGGUGGUAAGCAUGAUCCGCGGCGCCUUCUCGCAGAGCGAUGACGUGCUCGACCUGGCCACGCUGUACCUCGUGGACGACCUGCUUCCACCACGCACACCCUUGGGCGAUGCGCUGCGGACGACCCAGGCGCCGCAGCCGCUCUGUACACUGUACCGGCAGGCGCCGCGCCGCGCCGAUUGGGACUUGCUAGACGAGAUGGUCCCGGUCAUGAACCGCCAUCUGUCGCGGUGGCGGCGCGCGAGCUCCAUCACAGGCGUAUCAGGCAUGGUCCUGCAAGCCAUGGUCUCGAUCCUCGCCAGCACGCCCACCGGGAGCGACUGGACGAAGCCCGUCGCUGCGAUGGACACGUUCGCGCACAAGUUCUGGUACCUCGCAUCGUGGCUGCCUGACACAGUGCUCCUCGAGAUGGUGCGCGCGAAUCACGCCACGCACAUGUACCUGCCGAGCCACACAGAGUGGCUCGACCACCUCGCGGAGCUCAUGGACACCUUCUACCCCGCGGCGCUCGCCGAGAGACCCGGCUUCGUGGAGGCGCCCCUGCCCCUGUCGCGGCUCGAGGCGGCCCAGAUCAUCACCGAGGCGUACGAGGCAGUACAGGACCUGCCGGCACAGCGCGACCCGAUGAUCGAGCGCAUCCUCGUGCCGCUCACGCGGCGUGCACUGCGCCUGGAGACAAACCUGCAGAUUGGGCGGCCGCUGCGACGCAUCGUGACACAUGCGAUGCUCACAUCCGUGUGCGACGCCCCAACGGGCCAGGACACGAGGCUGCAGCGGCUCAUACACGAAUUUGUCUCGUCCAUCUACAAGGCACCGCCCCUGAGCGUGGAGCUCGAUGAGCAGGCCAAAGGAGCGCCGGCGCCGCUCAACGAGCCCCCUACGCGCGAGCUCCUGCUCACGACGCGGGCGGUGCGCUCGCUGCGCAACCUGAUCGAAGUGUUCUACCUGCUGGCAUUUGGCCCAUCGGCCGACUCGGACAUGGUUCCGGACCUGCCUCCCACGCCGGCGGCGCUCGAUCGCUACCGCCAUGUUGGCCUGCAAAUCUUCCGCGAGCUGCUGCAUCUUGUGCAGUGCAAUGUACCCAAUGGCUCCGACGACGGCCGGCCUUGGGUGCCGUCGCACCUGCGUCUCGUCGUGCUGCGCUGGCUGCUGAGGAUGCGCGCGGACCGGCGGCACCGCCUCUACUUUGUGCACGAUGCUGGCGAGGAGACACUCGCGCUCGUGCAGAUGCUUGAGCCAGGCAUCGAUGCGCGCGACGACGCGCGUGCCAGGGACGCAGAGGGCGCGGACGACGCGCGCAACGCGCUCCGCGCCAUGCCAUGGUUCCUGGAGCCGCGCGACGUGGAUGUGCCCAGUGCGCCGUGGUCGAGCGAGGUGUGGCAGGUGUACCACCACGACCACACGACUACGACCGAGGAGGAGCUGGCGCCGAGCAGCGAGGGGCCCGUCCUGCUGCCCGUGUCCGAGUAUCUCGCGGCACUGCUCACCGUGCUCAAGACAGAGACGGACUGGGACGUGAUUUCGUGUGUGAUCACGCACCUGCCGGCGCAGCUGAGCAACAAGCACCUGUUCUGCGGCCCACAGGCGCUCGGCCAGGUGCGUGCACUGCGCGACUUUCUCGUGCCGCUUCUUCUGGAGCAGCGGCUCUUGCCCAACGUCGUGCUCCCGAGCGAGGUGCGACGCACGGCAUUGGCGAGUGUGCUGUACACCACACUCAAGGUGCUGAUCGCGUACCAGCGCUGCUUUACGCGCGAGCAGAACGACGAGAUUGUCGAGGCGCUCGCAGUAGGCCUCACGCGCUCGCCCGCCACGUCCCAGCCCUGCGCACGCGCGCUGAUCGUGGCGUGCCACGAGCUGCCCAAGUCGUUUACGCGGUACGUCGCAGGGACGCUCGUCAAGCUCUCGACCAUCAUGUCGUCGAUCACGAUGAGCGUGCAUAUCCUAGAGCUGCUCGCGGAGAUUCGCUGCGUGCCCGCUCUGUACGCGAACCUGACCGAGGGCGACUACCGCCGCAUAUUUGGCAUCGCACUCCAGUACAUCCAGUUCCACGAGAGUAUGACCGCGGGCGGCACGCGUGAGGACCUGCGGUCGAGCCCCGCCAAAUUCUCGCUCUCGCAGUAUGUGCUGAUGCUGGCAUACAGCAACAUUGCGCAGUGGUUCAUGACGCUGCGUAUGCAGGAUCGAGCGAAGCACGCGUCGUACAUUACGCAGGGCCUCGUACUCGCCAACGAACUGCGCACGGAGCUGAGCGACCACACGAUGGUGUGCCUCGACUUUCUCGCGCGCUUCACGUACAGCAACGCGCAGUCCAAGCCGGUCCCCUCGCUGUUCCGGCAGCUCAUGGCCGGCGAUGAGGCGGAAUCACGCGCGCCACAAGGCUCGACGUGGCUGAUUGGCAAAUGCCUCAUCACCGUGAGUCUCCUGCCACGCCCCGACACGUUCGAGAUCACUGUGCGCCGCCCCACCGGUACCGUGAACAUUGUCAGCAAUUUGGAGAAUUUGCCGAUGCACCCAUGGACCGACGAGGAAAAGGCCGCGCAGUUCCUCGCAGGCGUCCUGGAGCGCCUCAAUAAGAGUCAGCCGCUCAAGCAGGCGGUGGCGCCGGCGUCGGGCUCGGCAGAUGAUACCGCCGAGGCGCCCACGGAGGCGGCCCCUGCGGUGCAGCACGGCCGUACGCCCCGCAGCACACUGACGGUGGACCCUGCGUUCAUUGCGCUGCAGCUGAGUGGCUACCCGGGGCCGUCGCAUGAGCAGCCGCCGAUCCUGCUUCCAGACGACCGAUCCACCGACCGGCUUCUGCGUGCCAUGGAUCUCACGCCCGUGUACGACUUUCACAAGAUUGGCCUGGUGUAUGUGGGCUACAACCAGGCGACCGAGCAGGAGAUCUUGGGCAACACCUACGGCUCGACGGCCUACAUGCGCUUCCUCGCGCGUCUUGGCGACCUGGUCCCCUUGCGGGACCAGCAGGAUGUCUACACAGGCGGGCUGGACCGCCAGAGUGACGAGCACGGCAAAUAUGCCUAUGUGUGGCGCGACAAUAUCAAGCAAGUGGUGUUCCACACCGCUACGCUCAUGCCGAACAAGGAGCACGACCCGAGUCAUGCCUCGAAAAAGGCGCUCAUCGGCAACGACUGGGUGCACAUUGUGUUCAACGAUUCAGGUCGUCCCUACGAGUUUGGCACGAUUCCCAGCCAGUUCAACUUUGUGAACGUGGUCAUUACACCACACUCGAGUGUGCAUGGCAGUGUCGACUACACGGUGUCGGACGAGACGUACUUCCACGUGUCGCUGCAGCGUCGCACCGGCAUGCCCGACUUUUCGCCGGUGGGCGAAGGCUGCCUGGUCUCAUUCGCGGCCCUCCCGCGCUUUGUGUGCAACUUGGCCAUGCACAGCGAUUUGAUGAGCCAGAUCUAUCUGGACACGGCCGAGUCGAUGGUGCCGUACGCGAACAAUUGGGUUACCCGCCUCAACCACAUCGAGCGCUUCCGCUCGCAGUGGGCGGCACGCCAGCCCGAGUCGACGCCGGAUGCAUCGAUGGCCUUUGACUUUACGCAAAUACUAAAACGGUAA